AUGGUCACAAGUACGGAACAAUGGUUCUGGCAAAAUGGACAAGUUGUCUGUUUGAAGAUCGCAGGGCCUCGCAAGAGGCGGUGGCAACGGGUUGUAUUCUCAAUCACACUGGAGGCGAGUUUACCCGCCGUGUUUCGCCGACUGACCGGCAGCAAAGAUGAUACGGUAGAGCUCGGGAUCAAGUCCGACGGCCGUCAGUACCGUCAAAGUGUCGGGCAGUUGUCGAGCGUAGAUGAGAAAUGCGCCGAAUUGAAGAAGCGAUUCGAAGAAGGUCCCUUGGCAGAGUCAUGCGGCGGGCGAUCCCGAGAUCUCGACAUCAACGGGCUGGGGAUCGAAUUGUAUCACCUCCCAGCUAGUGCAGCCGGCCCUCUGCCGACGCAAACACCAAAGUUGAUGACACCAGCAGGCUUGAUGGGCAUUGCACAUUGCCAAGAAGUCUGGCCCAGUAGCCGACAAAAGUAUGUGCUAGAAAUUGGCAAGUACGGAUGCACCGUCAAAAGGAUGCCCCAAGCGCGUCUCCAACUUGCAAGCCGGCGCCGAACGCAACGCGACUCGGAGCUGCCGCCGGAGUUUGGCCGAAAGACGGUUAUCCGGGGGAAAAGAGGACGAGUAAGAUGGUGUUUGGUUCGUGAGCGUUUCAUUGUCGCAUUGCGUUGGGGGCUGUGCAAGAUGAAAUUCGACCUCGAAGGGUGGAUUCGAUGCUCGAAACAAGUCGGAAGUUGGGAAAAGACCGCAAUCUGCAUAUACCGAGUGGCAACAAUGAAGGUGCCAGAGACUACUGAGCUGAAAGUUAUCGUUGAGAGAAAGCCAACGCUUUACCCAAUAAUCGAGGUUCAUGAGAUGACACCGACAGGUCGCUAUAUCAAGAUGCUGACGGCCCCGGGUGAGACCAAUGCGGCUGAAGAACAAGCGCAUUCAGCCGCUCUCGAGUCGGUGACACGAAAUGCGAUGCAACUGGGCGAGGUGCGCCUUGGGGGCUGCUCUCUUGCACACUGGGGGCGGAAAGACGACGAGUCGGGAUCCUUUUUCUUCGUCUGGCAUAUACGUAGUACAGCGUUAGCCAUCGCCGUUGUCAAUGAGGUCGUCGUCGUCGUCGUCGUCUCCAUGAGACGUGGACGAUGGCUAUCGGGAAGGCCCCACCCUGCCGUCCAAUGGUGGAGUCCGCCUGAGAACCCUAGGCCUGAAUGGGUUGAACUGCCGUGGGAAGAGAAGGCGGAAAAGAAUGUGUAA